AUGUCCGGUGAGGAGCACAGCCUGUCCGAGGCGGAACUGAGUCCAGGAGGGUCAGACGAUGGUCACUCGCUGUCACCGACUCAACCCGGGGCGCCACCCCGCCAGGAUUCACCUCUGGCCGGGCCGCCGCCGCCGCAGCUGACGUCGCUUUGCGUCGCGGACGGCAGCGAGGAAGACGGAGGCGACGUGGUCAAAUCGGAGCUCGACGAUCGCUUCCCGAUCGGCAUCCGGGAGGCGGUCAGUCAGGUGCUGGACGGAUACGACUGGACACUUGUGCCGAUGCCGGUGCGCGUCAACAACGGAAACAAAGCCAAGCCCCACGUCAAGAGGCCCAUGAACGCCUUCAUGGUGUGGGCGCAGGCGGCGAGGAGGAAACUCGCUGACCAGUACCCCCACCUGCACAACGCGGAGCUCAGCAAGACCCUGGGCAAACUGUGGAGGCUUCUGAAUGAGAGCGACAAGAGGCCAUUCAUCGAGGAGGCGGAGAGGCUGAGGAAACAGCACAAGAAGGACUACCCGGAGUACAAGUACCAGCCCCGGAGACGUAAAAACGGCAAACUGGCUACUGCUGGCGAGACCGACAGCCAGGGGGAAGGGGAGGCCAGCCACUCCCAGUCACACUACAAGACCCUGCACCUGGAGCACAAUGGCGGCGCUGGCUCUCCCCUGGGCGACCUGCACCACCACCACCAUCACCACCACCAUCCUGCUGGUCAGGGUCACAGCCCACCCACGCCCCCAACAACCCCGAAGACAGAGCUCCAGUCUGGGAAGCUGUCGGAUGCAAAGAGGGAGGGGGCAGCAGGGGGGGCCGGAGGAUCAGUGGGGCCCAGGGGGGCCCUCGGGGUGGGAGCCGAGGGGGUUUCCGGUGGCUCGUCCUCGUCGGGCGCCAAACCCCACAUUGACUUCGGCACCAUGGACAUCGGCGAGAUCAGCCACGAGGUGAUGUCUAACAUCGAGCCGUUCGACGUGAAUGAGUUUGACCAGUACCUUCCGCCAAACGGCCACCCGCAGAGCGGGUCUGGGGCCCCCACGGCCGGGUCCUCGGCCUCGUCCUACGCCUAUGCCCUGGCCGCCGCUAGCGGGCACUCGGCGUGGCUCUCCAAGCAGCAGCCUCAGGCCUCCCCGUCUUCCUCCGACCCCUCGAAGGCGCAGAUCAAGAGCGAGUCCGCGGCCGGGGGCCACUACGCCGAGACCUCGUCCUCUCCCUCCUCAGGCGCCCACGUCACCUACACCCCGCUCAGCCUCCCCCAUUACGGCUCCGCGUUCCCCUCGCUGGCCUCCAGGGCUCAGUUCGAGUACGGAGAGCACCAGGCCCCCGGGGCGUACUACGCCCACUCCAGCCAGGCCCCGGGGCUGUACUCAGCCUUCUCCUACAUGGGCCCUACACAGAGGCCUCUGUACACUACCAUUGGAGACCCCUCCAGCGUGGCCCCCUCCCACAGCCCCACGCACUGGGAGCAGCCUGUUUACACCACACUCACAAGACCUUGA